AUGAUAUCUCCAAUUGACUUUUUUCAACUCCAGUUCGGAUUCGGCUUUUUAUUGGAAGGUAUCGAGAAUUUGUUCACAUAUGUUCUCUCUGGUACGACUGCCUUUCAUAUGAUUGUUUGUGUUUUUAUGUCAGCUCAAUAUCGGGAUAAUGCUUUGGCAAUCAUCAGAUGUGGCUAUCCAGUUAUUGAAAAGAGAGAAGAGAAGGUGACUCAAAUGCAAUUGACAGCGAACAAUGUGUGA